GCGACGACGAAUUGAUCGUCUUCUAUUCAAGUGAAGGUGCCCUGGACAGUGUGAAGUCCUGCGAUGUAAGGCCUUCGUUACUGUGGCAAGGGAACAGGUGGAUCCUGCGGAAAGAUCAAAUGGAAAAGGAAGCAGCAAGUCCCGGGCCUGACCUUGAAAACAAUGCAGACAAUGGUGAAACCGGCCCAUCACCCAACCACAAAAUGAGGAAACUCAUAGACGUUAUUCUCGAGGAAAGUGAAGCGCAAAGAAAGAGGGACGAGAACCGCAAGGCAAAGAGGCAAAAGAGAAACGCCGAUGCCAAGAACCAUAGCAACGUCACUAGUAAGGUGAACAAGGCGAAGAGACUAAUUGAGAAGGCUAGCAAACCCAACCUGCAAGUAUCGGCCUCCCGUCUAACCAGGCAGUUUGUGGGCAAGCUCUCCCCGGCAUCAGCUUCAGGUAAUUCCUCCAAGGUGGUAAUUACUAAAAGACAUCAAAUCCUGAGACAGCUAGUAAAGCUCAAAGCGUCUCCAAGGAAAAGCUUGGCGAAGCAGCAGCAGCAGCAGCAGCAGGCAGCAAGCAAAGGCGAGCGGCCCCAACGGGUCAUACAACCAACGGCCAAGGUUGUUGAUUUUUUCGGUUCCAGAUCUUACUGAUUACGUGCACAGGGACUUGCAAGUUUUGAUAUGUUCUAAUUCUUUUUUAUACACAUUUGAGUCGUAGGCUCUCAUGGUGUGAGCGAAUCGAUGAAGCUGUCAAGACCCUCGGUGACGCAGUGCACGGGUCUAGCUUUUCGUAUGGAUCUCCCAGCGAAGAAGUCACAGGGGUCCGACUGGGUAGUAUGGCAAUUGGUCGACUCGUUCUUUCCAACCGGCGGCUUCGCGCAUUCUUACGGUCUCGAGGCAGCAGUCCAGGCGGGACUCGUUAGCGACUCCAAGUCCCUCGACACUUUCAUCAAGUCAACGCUCGAGAACUCGGGAUCGCUGCUGCUGCCGUUCGUCUCAGCGAGCUUCAAGCUACCGGACGUGGCCGGAUGGAUCGAGCUGGACCGGCUGCUCAACGCGACGCUGAGCAACCACGUCGCGAGACGAGCGUCGUCGAGCCAGGGAUCCGCGCUGUUGAGGACCGCGGCUACAGUGUACCCCGAUCUUGCGGAGCUGGGAGAGCUGCGAGGGGUGGUCCGAGCGGGGCGAGCUUCCGGCCACCACGCCGGCGUGUUUGGGAUCGUGUGUGGGCUGCUCAAGCUGGACGCGCUCACUUGCCAGCGAGCUUACCUCUACCUGACGCUGAGGGACGUGCUAUCGGCGGCAACCCGGUUGAAUCUGGUCGGGCCGCUGCAAGCCGCGGCGAUGCAGCAGAGCUUGCGAGGAUUUGGCGAGGCCGUGGUGAGGAAAUGCGCGGACAGGGGUGUGGAGGACGCUUGCCAGGUCUCGCCUCUCUUGGACACCGCACAGGCUUGUCACGAUCACCUCUUUAGUCGCUUGUUCUGCUCGUGAUCCUCGAGUGAAGAAAUGCUUGAACCCUAAAACAUUUGACAUUACACCAAAUUAAAGGCCGUUUAACUUUA